UUUUUACAGCUUGGCUCCCCACCACAAAUCAGAUCCGCCUAAAUCGUUAACCUUUUUGCUUCGUUAAAAGCUUCCCCUUGCCCAUGAGUCAUGACUCGACCAUCGAAGCCUUGCCAAAGCCCCGAGCCCCCAGCCAACCUUUCUGCUACCAAAAGGAGCGUAUUUACGUUGCAUAGCUUCCAUAAAAAUGCCCAGAAAAAGAUUACCCAUUCUCCAAAAGCUCUCAAAUCUUCUCAAAGUUUCAAUCUUCGUUGCCAAAAUGAGAAAACCCAUCAUUCCAAAGCUCAUUUUUCUUAAGAAAGCAAGGAGGCUCAAGAAGUUCAAGCUUCUCAAGCGUUACCCCUAUGGUUUUCUUGAAGAGUACCAGUUCUCUGCCUCGAGCACUCCCCUCAUUCACCACCACAGAAAUCAUUUCAAGAGCCGAAGGCUUCGAGAUAUCUAUUCGAUGUUCUUUCUUUGUAGUUGUUUGGGUAGCUUGAGAGCUGAAAAAGGAGUUGCAGAUUAUAGAUUAGAAUCUCUGCCUGCCAUAGAAGAUGCCAUUGCAGGGCAAUUUUUGGAGCCGUUUGAUUCGGGUGAUGAAGAAGAUUCAGUUGAUCAGAGGGCUGAGAGGUUUAUUCGGAGAUUCUACGAAGAGAUGAGAAUGGAGAGGCAAGAAUCACUUUAGCAACUCAACCAUGCUGUUAUCAAAUUUUGUUGUUUUUGCUUUUUUUAUUUUAUUUUUUUUAUUUAUUUUAUUUUUUUUUAUUUCUCUGUUGUCUAAUCUCCAAAUGAUUUUUGGUGACAGUGGAGAUAGGCUUUGAUUUCACUGUUUGUUCAGAGAUUUUUUACUGUGUGGAGCUUUGAAUUUUUUAUUGAGUGGCAGUGUAGUUAGUUGGUUUGAAUUAAUUAUUCAAUGUAGCUAAGUUGCCACUUGCCUUCUUGGUUAUUGCUUUGGUUGGAUGGAGAUAAGCAGUGGAGCGUAGGGCAUUGGUCUGGACGCACUUUUCUGUUUUUGGUCAA